AAUCUUUCGUUGGAUUCUGUCUCCUUCUCCUUGAAGAUUUGUGGCUUUCACAAUUUCAAGAACUGGGCCGAUAAGAAAUUGAAGUAUGAACUUCGCAACUGCUAUUUCAAGAUUCGGGCUGUUGAAACUGACCCGACCCGGCUGGAAAAUGUACCAGCAGAAGAAGGUUCUAGAACAUGGCCUUCUCCACUCGACGAGGUUCCGUUUUGGAAGCGAGAGUUUCCUUCUUGGAAUAAUGUCACCACGGUGGGCCCCACAGGCAUCCGUAAAGAUUCCGAUUCCGAACUCAUCCACAUUGUUCACGUGACUGCCGAGAUGGCUCCGAUAGCUAAGGUGGGUGGUCUCGGCGAUGUCGUGACGGGGCUGGCCCGCUCGUGCAUGACGCGGGGCCAUAAAGUCGACGUUUUUCUGCCAUUCUACGAAUGUAUCGAUAGGGAGCAAAUCGAGGAAUUGAAAUUGAUCGACACGUACAGCUCGUACUAUGACGAGAGGUGGAUCGAAACUCGUUUGUAUGGAGGGGUAGUUUUGGGAAUUCAUGUGAUGUUUGUCGAACCGUUGAAUGAUUUUUUUAAGGGAGAGAGUGUUUAUGGAGGCUCGUACGACGAGACGGAGGCUUAUUUGUUCUUCAGCCGUGCCUGCCUUGAAUGGUUGCAGGUUCGCGGAACGGAGCCGGAUAUUAUUCAUGUGCACGAGUGGCAGACUGGCGGUUUGCCGCUGCUGUACUGGGAUAUGUAUCAUUACCUUUCACUUAAGAAAUCACGAAUUGUUUUGACGAUCCACAAUAUGGAGCACUAUGGAGAAUGCAGACAAGAGCAGUUUAGCAAGUGUGGUCUUGACGGAUCUGUAUACGCAACUGAAGAAAAGGCGGUAGAUGAUCGAACUAUCGGGCAUAACCCCGAAAGAUUAAGUUUACUAAAAGGAGGGAUCGUAUAUAGCAAUGCGGUCGUCACAGUUUCUCCGACUUAUCUAAAGGAAACACUUUGUUCGGGAUGGCUAGCUGGCACGCUCAUUAGACACCGUGACAAGUACUUUGGUAUUUUAAACGGGAUAGAUACCGAAAUAUGGAACCCUGCAACGGACGCAUUCUUGCCUGCUAAAUUCGAUGCCAAGAAAGUUGAGGGGAAAAAACAAUGCAAAGUUUACGUUCAAAGAGGGCUCGGUUUGGAUCCAGAAGGGGAUACUGAUAAGGUGCCCCUGGUUGUAUGCAUUACUAGACUUGUUGCUCAGAAAGGUCUUCAUUUGAUCACGAACGCUAUUGCUUACGUCAAUCUACUUGGUGGACAAAUGGUUGUUUUGGGGACAGCUCCAGAUGCUCGGGUUGGACGCGAAUUCGAAGCUCUUGCUCACUCGCACAACCAAGGUUCCAACAUCCGAAUUCUUCUCAUGUAUAGUGAGGAGUUGUCCCACAUGCUCUACGCAGCUGCUGAUAUCGUGCUCGUUCCUUCGGUUUACGAACCUUGUGGACUUGCUCAAAUGAUUGGAAUGCGAUACGGAGCCGUCCCUUUGGUCAGAAAGACUGGCGGCCUUGCAGACACGGUUUUCGACGUGGAUGAUCGGUUGCAACCCGAAAUGGCGAAUGGCUUUGUUUUUGAAGGAAUUGAUGAAGGGUCUUUGAACCAGGCAAUAGAUCGCGCCUUUUCUUACUAUCGACAAAAAGCUGAAGAAUGGAGGGGUUUAGUAAAGAAGGUAAUGGAGAUGGAUAAUAGCUGGAAUAAUACAGCAGGGAAGUACAUUGACUUGUACAACUCUGUAAGAGUUAGAGAUCAAUGAAAUUUCUCUUUACAUACCUUAAUCUAUCUAUAAACGUCCGCCUUAUGUUGGUGAUUUCCCGAUUUUCGAGUAGUUGAAAUAAUUAUUUACUGAACAAUCGUAAGUUUCUGUAAAUGUUUCCGUGAAACCUGAAACGGGCAAACAACAGACGAAAGUAUACACAACUAAGUGAAUUACUAACGAGGACAGCAUUACAAUGAGAAUUUUAUGAUAGAGAUGCAAAUUAUUACACGAUCGACAAAACGGAUAAUAGUUAAUAAUGUAGUGUUUCGUUCUACUCUCGAGGAGCAGCAAGUACACUGACCUUUCCAUAACACAUGGCAUAAAAAAUUACAGA